AAUUUAUUUUUUUCUAACCAUACAUGAAAAAGAAUAUGUUACACUACUUGACAUUUACAACGGUGGUAGAAGACAUUUUCUGUUCUCUAGAUAUAUUUCACAUAUUGAGCAUAUUAUAGUAAUCUUUUAUUUCAAGUGAUUACUUAUUAUUUAGUGUUUAUCAAGAGAAAUAUAGUAGAUCCAAAAUGUACCCAUAUUGUUAUUUCGUUGAAAAUAAACUUGAAAAGAGGGCCAAUUAUUGAAAUUUGUGACUGAGGAACUACUAUUCACUAUUGGUCUUUCACUUCUUAAAUACUCUGAUUAUUGGCUCGUUUAGAAAGGGAGCAGCCGAGCAGCAAAGGCAGCAGCCAUAUGGGACGGGCUAAACCACCGCGAUCAGCCUGCUCGGGGCUAGGAGUAGUGUUACUGCUGGUGUUUUGCACGGUGGUAGUGGGAGCAACAGCAUCGGAAAAUGGUAACCAAGAAGCAAUAGGGUAUGGGUACGAGGUGAAGUAUGCCAAAGUUGAUGGGAAGUCAUUGACUGCUUUGUUGCAGCUUAUAAGAAAUUCCUCUGUUUAUGGCCCUGAUAUUCAGUUGCUUACCCUCACUGCCAGCUUAGAAGAAGACGACACCUUGAGGAUCCGAAUCACAGACGAAAACAACCGUCGAUGGGAAGUCCCCGACAGUGUCCUCCCCCGUCCACCACCACCUCCACCGUCUCCCCCACCAAAACACCUCCGCUAUCCACUCCCGAUAAACGAACCCACCGCCACAAUCUUCUCCCACCCUCACUCCGACCUCACCUUCACUCUCUUCCACACCUCUCCUUUAGGCUUUUCCAUCUACCGUAAAUCCACUCACGACGUCCUCUUUGACGCCAAUCCUAAUCCAUCUAACCCAAACACCUUCCUCGUCUUCAAGGACCAGUAUCUCCAACUAUCCUCGUCCCUCCCGGGCCAACAAGCCCACCUCUACGGGCUCGGGGAGCACUCCAAGCCCAGCUUCCAGCUAGCUCAAAACCAACUCCUCACUCUCUGGAAUGCUGAUAUAGCUAGCUUCAAUAGAGACCUUAACUUAUACGGGUCACACCCGUUUUAUAUGGAUGUUCGGUCUUCACCGGUGGCAGGGUCCACUCAUGGAGUGUUUCUGUUGAAUAGCAAUGGGAUGGAUGUAGAAUACACUGGUGAUAGAAUCACUUACAGGGUGAUUGGGGGCAUUAUUGACCUUUACGUGUUUUCCGGCCCAACACCAGCCGCGGUGGUGGAUCAGUACACUAAGAUCAUCGGCCGGCCUGCUCCAAUGCCUUAUUGGGCUUUCGGUUUUCAUCAGUGCCGAUGGGGUUACCAUGAUGUAAACGAGGUUGAAUCUGUGGUCGAUAAGUAUGCAGAAGCUAAGAUCCCUUUGGAAGUAAUGUGGACAGAUAUUGAUUACAUGGAUGCCUAUAAGGAUUUCACUCUUGAUCCUGUUAACUUCCCUCAGGACAAGAUGCAACAAUUUGUUAGUAAACUCCACAAGAAUGGCCAAAGAUAUGUUCCAAUCUUGGAUCCUGGAAUCAAUACAAACAAGUCAUAUGAAACUUUCAUUAGGGGUAUGCAAGCUGAUAUUUUCAUCAAACGCGACGGUAAACCUUACUUGGGUUCUGUUUGGCCAGGACCAGUUUACUUCCCUGAUUUCCUAGACCCUGCUGCUCAUAACUUCUGGGUUGAUGAAAUUAAGAGAUUUCGAGAUAUAAUUCCCUUUGAUGGAAUCUGGAUUGACAUGAAUGAAGCAUCAAAUUUCAUAACUUCUACACCUACACCUGGAUCUACCCUUGAUAAUCCACCAUAUAAGAUCAAUAAUUCUGGAGGUAGGGUGUCCAUAAUCAGCAAGACUAUACCAGGAACAGCUAUGCACUAUGGUAAUGUUACGGAUUACAAUGUCCAUAACCUUUACGGGUUUCUUGAAUCUCAAGCCACCCGUGAAGCACUCGUUAGAACUAGGGAUGAAAGGCCGUUUUUACUUUCAAGGUCGACGUUUGCUGGUUCCGGGAAGUAUACCGCGCAUUGGACUGGAGAUAAUGCGGCAAGAUGGGAUGAUUUGCAGUAUUCUAUUCCAACUAUGUUGAACUUUGGAAUUUUUGGGAUGCCAAUGAUUGGAGCAGAUAUAUGUGGUUUUGCUGAAAAUACAUCAGAAGAGCUAUGUCGACGAUGGAUUCAGCUAGGUGCCUUCUAUCCGUUUUCAAGGGAUCAUUCAGCUCGUGAUACUAUUUAUCAGGAGCUCUAUCUAUGGGAAUCAGUUGCUGCUACAGCAAGGAAAGUGUUGGGACUCCGUUACCAGCUCCUCCCCUACUUCUACACUAUGAUGUAUGAAGCGAACUUGAGAGGAACCCCCAUUGCCCGACCCCUUUUCUUUACUUUUCCGGAAGAUGUCACAACUUACGGAAUUAGCUCACAGUUCCUCAUUGGCAGAGGAAUCAUGGUUUCACCUGUUCUGAAACCCGGAGCAGUAUCUGUCGACGCAUAUUUCCCACGGGGAAACUGGUUCGACAUGUUCAACUUCUCAAAUUCAGUGAGUGUAUCUAAAGGAACAUAUGUUACUCUCAACGCACCCCCUGAUCAUAUCAAUGUUCACAUCCGCGAAGGUAAUAUUGUAGCUAUGCAAGGAGAAGCUAUGACAACUCAAGCUGCACGAAGCACACCGUUCCAUCUUUUGGUAGUUAUGAGUGAUCAUGUGGCCAGCACCGGAGAGCUUUUCUUAGAUGACGGGGUUGAAAUGAAUAUGGGAGGCGACAGUGAAAGUUGGAGCUUGGUAAGAUUUUCUGCAGAAUCAUGGCCAAACAAUGUGACAAUCUCAUCCGAUGUUGUGCACAGAGGAUAUGCAAUGAGACAGAGAUGGAUAUUGGAUAAGAUAACUAUUCUGGGUUUGAAAAGAAGAGUGAGGAUAAAGAGUUAUACAGUACAGACGGGUGCUAAAGCAACAAAGAUCAAAGGUUUGGGACUAAGAUCAAGAUCUAGCAACCAAGGGGAGUUUGUUGUAUCGGAAAUUUCAGAUCUGAGGCAGUCUAUAGGACGAGACUUUAAAUUGGACCUGGAGUUUGAAGAAUAAACAAGAUACAGGAAAUCUACUAGGUUCACUUAAACUUUUCUGGUUUACCCAUGUUUAAAUAAUAAAAGAUUAGCAUGUAUUAAGAAUUGUGAUCACUGAUCAGCAAUGAAAUCAAUAGCUCAAUUCUAGCUGAA